CCGCCGCGGCUGGGCCCGUCUCCUGCCCCCUCCCCCCCGAACACCAUAGGCGGCUCAGGCACCAAGAUGUCCAACCGAGUGCUCUGCCGGGAGGCCAGCCACGCCGGCAGCUGGUACACAGCCUCAGGACCCCAGCUGAAUGCACAGCUAGAAGGUUGGCUUUCUCAAGUACAAUCUACAAAAAGACCUGCUAGAGCCAUUAUUGCACCCCAUGCUGGAUAUACUUACUGUGGGUCAUGUGCAGCCCAUGCUUACAAACAAGUGGAUCCAACUGUUACCCGGAAAAUUUUCAUUCUUGGGCCUUCCCAUCAUGUGCCCCUUUCCCGAUGUGCACUUUCCAGUGUGGAGCUAUAUAGAACACCUCUGUAUGAUCUUCGAAUUGAUCAAAAGAUUUAUGGAGAAUUGUGGAAGACUGGAAUGUUUGAGCGUAUGUCUCUGCAGACAGAUGAAGAUGAACACAGUAUUGAAAUGCAUUUGCCUUAUACUGCUAAAGCCAUGGAAAGCCAUAAGGAUGAGUUUACCAUUGUUCCAGUAUUGGUUGGAGCACUGAGUGAGUCAAAAGAACAGGAAUUUGGAAAACUCUUCAGCAAAUACCUAGCAGAUCCUAGUAAUCUCUUUGUGGUUUCUUCUGACUUCUGCCAUUGGGGUCAAAGGUUCCGUUACAGUUACUAUGAUGAAUCCCAAGGAGAGAUUUAUAGAUCCAUUGAGCACCUAGAUAAAAUGGGUAUGAGCAUUAUAGAGCAGCUAGAUCCUGUAUCUUUUAGCAAUUACUUGAAGAAAUACCAUAAUACAAUAUGUGGAAGACAUCCCAUUGGGGUAUUAUUAAAUGCUAUAACAGAGCUCCAGAAGAAUGGAAUGAAUAUGAGCUUUUCAUUUUUGAAUUAUGCCCAGUCAAGCCAGUGUCGAAACUGGCAAGACAGCUCAGUAAGUUAUGCUGCUGGAGCACUAAUGGUCCACUGAACCUCCGAACACUCAGGGAUGCCACCUGCACACAUACUAUGUACGGGGUCCCAGCCUAGCCCUUACAAAGAUACGGUUCCUGGUCUUCGGGUAUACUGAAACCUCAAACUAAUAGAACUCUCUUCUUUUCUAGUAGGUGUAGUCCUUCCUUAGUUUCAACUCAUUUAAAAAUGCUUUCUUGUUAAGACAAUGGAAGGAAGGCUCGUGUCAAAACUUUGUGAUUUAAAAAAAAAGAUGAUGUCUGUAAAGGCAUGGUGGUAGACAGUCCUUUCAAAUAUAACAUGUAAAGCAUUUACCAUAUCCUAAAUUUGCACUCUUUGCAGACCUGUGCACAUGUACUCAGCUUUCAGAAUAGUUUUGCCAGUUGUAAACAGAAAAAGGGUGGAAGCUUUUUAAUGAAAAAAAAGCAUUUAUAAAUGAUCCUGUAUUAGAAUAUAAUAAAACUCCAGUAUAGUCCGUUAAUAGCCGUGUUGUACAACAGAUAUCUUCUAUUUUAGUUGCUAAUAAAGGGCUACACAAACCAAAAUAGUCUGAUUUAAACUUAUUGCAUUGUGUUCUGUAUGUGAACUGCUUCUCAUUAACAUCAUUCUCCUCCAGAUUCUCAUGCCUGAUGAGCAACUCAACCAUUCUGUAAAAUACUUUAGAAUGUAUUUUAUAUUCCACAUUUAUGUCAUGACUUCUUCAUUUACAGAAUUUUUUUACCUCAAAGCUGAAGUAUGAGUUCAGCUUUGCAAAUUAAUUUUUUAAAUCUUUCUUAUAUUUUAGUGUUUGCAUUUAUUUCACAGAACUACAUAUAAAAAUUAUCUUUUGGUAUGUGAUACAAAUCUGUGUCAAAAUAAUGAUUUCAGUGACAUUUUUAAUGUCAAAACUUGAUUAUUCAAUUAUAAUGGAUACAAUACUUUAAUUGCAAUAAGAAAAAUUGAAAACAGAAGUCUGCCAAUUAGGUAAUUCUGAAAACAUAUUCAGCAUUCAUAGGUCAUACGUGCCAGACAGUGCUACGUUCAUGCAACUGUUCCUUAAGGAUUUGAUUGAAAAAAGAAAUUCCUCACAUUUGAAUGCUUAAAUAAGAAAUCAUCUUAAAAAAAUUCUGUUUCUUCCAACCUCUUGAAACAUCACUACAUCUUAUGGGUUUCUUGAGCACUUAUCCAGCCAAAAUAAUGGUAAUUGUUUGUUCAAUUAAUACCAUUUUUGGACGUCUUCAUUUUGUUUAUUAAGUAGAGCAAAUUGCAAUGGCAGUAGUUACUGUUUAAGUAAAUGGAGUUAACAUUCCCUGACAUUUGGUCUACUGUCAGGCGACCUUUGUAUGUCUCAUACUUGUCGCUUUUUUGGGUGGGAGAGAACAUCUUUGUAUGUAGACGCUACUUGCAGAAAUAAUUCCGCAUCUAAUUUUCCCUUAAUUGGAUGGUCACCACUUCAGUGAUAUCAGGUGAAUGCUCCAUUUAUAAAAUGAACUACUUUGCAGAUAUUUUUAUGCCAUCAUAAGCAUCAAUCUUCACUCUUUGCAUGGCUUCUCUAUAUUAGUUGCCUUGCUGCUCUGACUUGUUCCUGGAAACUCUCAGCAGCAGAUAGAAAAUAAUCUUUCAGGCUUUAUCAAAGAAAAUCUCACAAAUAUGUGCAAAUAAAUCUGAAUUUGUAUACUCUUCUAUAAAGUUUCAAAGGUUUCUGAUAACUGUGCCUUAUUUAGCAAAAAUGAUUUGAUCAUUGAAAUUAGCAUUAGUUUGCUUCUCUUCCACAUUUUAGUGAAUUCAAGGAUUAUUUAGAACUUGAAUUUCUGUUGGUCAUAAUGCCAAAUACUUAUGUCAUUUCUGAAACAUGCAGGUAUUUGGAAUGAUUAAAUAUUUUUACCCUAGGGUAAAUGUAGUAAUAGCCUUUAAAUACAAAUAUUUUUUAAGUUGCCUCAUAGUUCUGUAAGAAGAUACUUUUGUUUUUUUUUGUUUUUUUAAAGGAAAGUUCCAAGGAAAUCUAUAGCCAUUUUGCUCAGCACAAUGUUCUGAAAUAUCUCAUGGUGAAAGCACUUCUCACCACAUGUAAACUAUGUAAUGUAUUUCCAAAUAAAGUUUCUAAUUAAAAUUGGAA